AUGAUGGCAUUCGAGAACAACAACAAGAGGGUAUCUCAAGAUAUACCAUCUCCUACAGAUAACAAAAAGAGAAAAGUACAAUUUUCCAAUGAUAUUACGUUACAUACUGUACCUUCAGCAACAGAAAAUCAAGAUAUAGAUGAGUUUACUAUUGCUAUGUUUGGUAGGUUUGUCAAAUCUGGUCUAGAAGAUCUCGAUAACAGAAAUAAUACAAAGAUUAAUGAAAUUGCUAAUAGGUUAUCGUUACCUGCUAAAAAUCCAGAUAGAAUGAGACCACAAAAUAUGAAUAUUUUAUUGGAUACUCUUUCAGGUAAUGUUAGUAGAGUAGAGUCAUCAAGAGCAAAUCAUUUAAUACAAUCUAUUAUUAAUUUUGAAAAAUGGUGGGAACUUCCCGACAUUACUUUAAGCAAAUAUUGUAUUUUUAUUAAGAUUUUAUGUUCAAGUAUUCCUAAAUGGUGGCAAGAUAUUGCAAUGACUCUGAUAACAAGUUUCACAUUGUCUCCUGAGACAUGUAAACCACAUCAUACAUUACUACAAUAUUUUCUCCGGAUGAUUCCAUCAUCUAUGAAUUUCAUGGAUUCAUACCUUGCUAAAUUCUUCCCAAACAAAAAUGAUUCCACUUCAAAUUUGGUUAAUUAUAUAUCUAAUCUAUUACAGUUAACAACAUAUUGUAAAGAACUACGAUUCCAAGUUUGGUCUUUGAUUAUUGAAAAGAUUAUCUCCUUAGAUGUCGAAUUACAAAAUGAAUUGGAUGAAAUGGAUGAUGAUGUAGAGGACGGCCUUGAAGAUGACGAUGAGGAUGACGAUGUUGGUCUAGAUGAUUCUGACAAUGAUGAUGUAAGCCAUGAUAUUUCUAAUAACAACGAUGAUGAUGACAGUUCUUCUGAUUCAGAAGAAGAGAAUGCAUUGGAAGAUGAUGAGGAGUACGUCAAAGAAGUAUCUCUAAAUAUAAAAGAUUUGACUGCAAAAAUCGAUUCUAUUUUAACUUUAUUGAGUGGUUCUAUUGCUAAAGAAUUAACGCCACAAAAUAUGGAGUCUGGUGAUGGUGUCGUUGUAUUCAACAUUUUAACUACAUUGUUCAAAACACAUGUGUUACCAACAUAUUUUACAAAAUCGAUUCAAUAUGUCAUGUUUAUGUUAUCACAACAACAACCUGAACUAAUGGAUUCAUUUUUAGUCACAUUAAUCGAUAUUUCAUUUUCACCUAAUGAAACUUCAGAGAAAAAAAUCAAAUCAUUGCAAUACCUUGGUUCAUAUAUAGCUCGUGCAAGAAAACUAUCUAGAACACAAAUUAUAUUUGUUGCAAGUUAUCUUACAUCUUGGUUGAACAGAUAUGUAAUCGAGAGAGAAUCUGAAGUGGAUGAAGGUGGCGGAAUGGAUAGAUUUAAACAUUUCUAUGCAGCAUUUCAAUCCUUGUGUUAUAUCUUUUGUUUUAGACGUACAUUAUUCCGUGACGUUGAUGGUUCAUGGGAAUGUGAACUUGAUAAAUUUUUCCAAAGAAUGAUCAUCUCUAAAUUCAAUCCACUAAAAUAUUGUAACGAGAACGUUAUGUUAAUGUUUGCUAGGAUAACACAACAUGAAGAUAUUGCCUAUUGUUUUAGCAUCAUUGAAAAUAACAACAAUGAAAGACUAAGAGGUAUAAUCGGGAAAGCCACUGUCGAUAAUUCAACAGGAAAGAAAGAAAGUUCCCCAUCUUUGAGAGGUGCUAACUCAGCAUGGUCAUUAGCUACUAGACAACAAUUCAUAGAUUUACAAAGUUACUUCCCAUUUGAUCCUUUAUUCUUGAAGAAUUAUAAAAAGAUGGUACAGGAAUAUUACAUCGAAUGGACAGAUGUCUCUGGAGACUAUGAAAGUGACGAAUCUGAUGAUUAA